AUGUCUCCGGUUCGCGGAUUUGUCGUGUCUGUGCUCCUGGCACUGGCUCAGGCACCUGGUCUUGCACUUGGCCAAAACCAGCCCGUCGCCAUCACGGGAGUCACCAGUGGUGUCAACACCGCGACCGGCCAGCGCCCGGCUCGUCUGGAUAUUAACACUUUGCAAAACUCGGGUGCCCAAUGGGACUUGUAUAUCCUGGGCUUGCUGAGGUUCCAGUCACAGGCGGAAGAUGACGAACUGUCAUACUUUCAGAUAGCAGGCAUCCACGGACGGCCGUAUAUCGCCUGGAACGGGGUUGAGGCUGUGGCAGGUGGUGUCAACAGGGGCUACUGCCCCCAUAAUGACAUCCAAUUCCCCGCGUGGCAUCGGCCAUACCUGGCACUGUACGAGCAAACCCUCUCGGGUCAUGUCAGUGUCGUCGCGUCCAUGUACACGGGCAGCAACGCAGCGGAAUACCAGGCCGCGGCAGCCAGCUGGCGCGCCCCUUACUGGGACUGGGCCGCCAACCCAACACUCCCACAGGUGGCAUCAACUCCAAACAUCACGGUGAACGGGCCGGACGGCCAGGUCACGGUUCCUAACCCUCUAUGGAGCUACAAGUGGCAGCAGUACCCGCUGAACAGCAACUGGUUUCCCACCAGCCAGGAUCGCAACCUGUGGGGCUGGCCAGAGACCACGCGCCAGCCUAACAGCCGGGGCAACAGCCAGAUCAACAUCGUCAACAGCAACCUCGCCGACGUGGCAAAGUCCCUCAAGGACUCGGUCUACAACGUGCUCACACGCGUGACCAACUACAACACCAUGGCCACCACGGCAUCCCAGGGCGCCUCGUUCGAGAAUCCACACAACGAUGUCCACACCACCAUGUACGCCGUCAUGGCCUACCUCGACUACUCGGCCUUUGACCCCAUCUUCAUGCUGCACCACUGCAACGUCGACCGCUACAUCGCCAUGUGGCAGGCCAUCAACUACAACAACACCUUCCAGACCGUCGCCAUGGCCACAAACGGCCAGUUCUCCACCGUCGGGGGGUCUUCCGUCAACGGCGACUCCCCCCUGCGCCCCUUUUACCGGGACACGAACGGCAACUUCCACACCGGCCGGUCCGUCGCCAACAUCGCGCCCUUUGGCUACACCUAUCCCGAGAUCGACGACUGGUCGCAGGGCAAGGAGGGCACGCGCGCCGCCGUCAUCGCCGCCGUCAACAGCUUGUACGGCGGCGGACUCGCCGGGUCCCAGCCGACCACUUCCUCGUCCAGCAGCAGCUCAGUGAGGCCCUCCUCGACCGCACGCUCUGCCACGAGCAGUGCCCGGACGACCUCUUCUGCGCCCACCACGUCCAGAGCCGCUGCCGCCAGCCCAAACACCCAGGGGUCUGGUGCCCCGACCUCCACACCCGACGGAGGCAACCCGGGGGCGACGCUCCCAGUCCCCGUCCCCAUUCCCCUUCCUAUCGGCCAAGGCCCCGGCGGUCCCCCGACACCCCCAGGCCCUCCUCUGGGCCUCGGCCUGGGUGGCAAGGAUAAAGGCGGCAAGGGCAAGCGCCGUAGACUCUUUAGGCGGUCGGCGGUGUAUACCGACGAGGCCGGCUCGGACUACCAGGACAGCAAAUCCACUUACGGCGGAGACGACUUGUCGAGCGACCCGGCGUAUGGCAGCAGCAGUGCACCCGCCAGCGAGCAGGCCGGCACACCGACCUCCAGCGUCGAGGCAGCGCCCAGCACACCAGCGUCCAGCAUCGAGGCAGCGCCCAGCCAGCCAACCGACGGCGGGAGCGCCCCAUCCGACAAGCCGACCUGCGGCGGUGGCGGCGGCGGAUACUACGGCGACGGCCCAGGCUGCGGCAGCGGCGCCCCGCCGCCGGUCGACACCAAGGCCUCGUACUCGGUGCAGGCCGAGGUGGAGCGCGGCGAGCUGGACCUCCCCUGCACCAUCUACUUCUACGUGGGCUCGCGCAGGGCCGGCCGCAUGAGCAUCCCGUCCAUGCCCACCACGGGCGUGACCUACUCCACCUUUGCGCUCGACCGGUUCCUGCAGAUCAGCGACGAGGACGUGGCGGGGUCGAGCGCCAACGGGACCGGCUACGAGGCCGGCAACUCGACCAUGGUCUCCAAGCUCCAGGGGCAGCUGCGGGCCGAGAUUAAACAGAUCAACGGCUCCUACACCCCCGUGGCUUCGGCCCCCAGCCUCAAGCUUCAGGUCCAGGGGAGGGAGAUUGCACCCCCUCCCACGGCGUACGAGCUCCCUCAAAUCGUUGGCGAGGCGUACAAGAGCGAGCCCGUCAACCCUGGUGACGCAAAGUUCGGUGGCCUUCACACCAAAUAA